CUCAUUUUUCUCUCUUUUUUUAUUCUUUGUUUUCCACCCUUUUCCUUCCCACCAAACAAGAAAUUCCUAACGUCCAUCUUUUCUAUUCUUUGGCCUCUAAAACAUUUGAACCCAAAAUAGAGAUAUAUACUAAAUGAUAUGGUAUAUUGAGUGCUUGUAUUUUAAAUAAGGGGGUGAGGAGAGUCUUCUGAGUGCCAGAGAAAGAUGAGGAGCCAUGAGCAGAGGGUCUGUUUCUUCUUCUUCUUCUUGUCUUUUGUUCCUUUUGUGCUGUCUCUGUCUUCGACUCAGAAUGAAAUCAUGGGGAAGCUAUCUCGGAGCGUCUCAGUGUGGGGAGAUGAAAAGGAGCCAAACCCAUGUGCAUGGAAGGGAGUUUCAUGCAGCUCCGACAACUCCUCAAUAGCCAAUCUUUCCCUCUCUGGAUGGUCUCUCUCUGACUCUAGUUUUCUACCACUUGUCUGUGAGAUUGUGUCUUUGGAAGUUCUUGACCUCUCCGACAACUCUUUCAGCUCUGUUCCAGAAGGGUUCAUCACUGCUUGUGGGAAGAUUGAUGGGUUGAAGCAGCUGAAUUUUAGUACGAACAGGUUGGUCGGUUCUUUGCCUGCUUUUAAUGGCUUUGUUGGGUUACAGUCGUUGGAUUUUUCCAGCAACAUGUUGAGUGGAACAAUUGUUUCACAGUUAGGGUCGUUGAAUGAUCUAAAAAGAUUGUACCUUACGUCCAAUGAUUUGAGUGGUGAUGUUCCCAUCAACCUUGGAAAUCCCAAGGUGUUAGAGCAUCUUAUUCUUUCCAAGAAUUCCUUCACUGGUAGUAUUCCUGAUGGGCUCCUAGAAUAUCGGAAGUUGGUUCGGAUUGAUUUGAGUGAAAAUCAACUUUCUGGGCCUUUACCUGGGAAAAUUGGAGACCUUUCCAAGCUGGAAGAGUUGAUUCUGUCUUCCAAUAAUUUGAGUGGAGAAAUCCCUAUGAACCUUUCAAAUAUCCAAAAUCUUUUGAGAUUCGCCGCGCAUCAGAACAAGUUUACAGGCAAUAUUCCAGUUGGGAUUUCAAGAUCUCUCAAGAAUUUGGAUCUUAGUUAUAAUAAAUUAGGUGGGCCAAUUCCUGCUGACCUUUUGAUGCAGUCGAAUUUGCAGACAGUGGAUCUUUCUUACAAUCUGCUAGAGGGAUCAAUAUCUGCAAAAGUAUCUCCAAACAUGGUUAGGUUGAGAUUGGGAAGCAAUUCACUUGAUGGUACUAUCCCAUCUGAACUUGGAACGCUACUGAAAUUGUCUUACUUGGAACUGGAAAACAAUAGCUUGUCGGGAUCCAUCCCUUCCGAGUUGGGUUCUUGCCGGAGUUUGGCGCUGUUGAAUCUGGGAAUGAAUAACUUGACUGGCAGUCUGCCCGUGGAGUUGGCUAGUCUUAGCAGUCUUCAAGUUCUGAAGCUUCAGUCCAACAAGCUGGUUGGUGAGAUCCCAUAUCAGAUGAACCAAAUGCAAAGUUUGUCCACUCUGGAUAUUAGUGGGAAUUUGCUUAGUGGUUCAAUCCCAAAUUCAAUUUCAAGGUUGCGAAGUCUCACCAAGUUGAACUUACAAGGCAACCUUUUCAAUGGUUCAAUACCUGCAACAAUUGACAGCUUGAAGAAUCUGUUAGAACUUCAGCUUGGAAGCAAUCGACUGAAUGGCCAUAUUCCAGGGAUGCCAGUUAGCUUGCAGAUUGCUUUGAAUCUCAGCCACAACCUCUUCGAAGGAACUAUCCCUGAAACUCUCUCUCGUUCGUGGGGUUUAGAAGUAUUGGAUCUCUCAAACAACAAAUUCUCAGGUGAGAUUCCAACUUCUCUGACACAAAUUGGAGCACUGACACAACUGCUACUUGCAAAUAAUAAGCUGUCUGGAGUGAUUCCGGAGUUUGGAAAAUAUGUUACCAUCAUUGAUACAACGGGAAAUCCAAGACUAGUUAACACAACAUUACAACGUAAAUCUCCCCAGAGAUCGCCAGGGCCAGGCAAGAGGAAGUCAGUUGCAGUGGCGGUGGUUGUUGCAGUUUCAGUUGCAGCUGCAUUUCUUGGUAUUGGAGUAGCAGUUGUGAUUGUUGUAUCUAUCCCAAGACGAUUUUACAGGGUGGUGAAGGAUGAACAAUUAGGAGCAACAUAAGACCUCCCACACCCCCUAGGGUGGUCCAAGGAAAUCUUUUCACUGCAAAUGGUAUCCGCAGCCAUCAAAUUUUUUUUGUAGUGAAUUAAAUUAUCACUAAAUUGGUGUUAAAAAAUAUGGUUUCCCAAAUCAGCAAAA